GUUAAGUUUCACACUCGGUACAGUAAGUGUGGUCGCAUAUGCAGCGCGCGCUACGGUGCGCCGCUUCACGCAUCCUCGCGUUACUGUUACGUGCAAGACCUCUUCUGGUUCUCGACUGACAUGUUUCUUGCCCAGGAGUAUCGCCUCGCUGCGCAGUAUGACCGCCGAGCAGAGGGUUUGGCUCAUCACCGGAACAUCUUCGGGACUGGGAAAAUGCCUGGUAGCGUCUGCUUUAGGUCGAGGAGACCUUGUCAUCGCUACAGUGCGGCGCCGGGAAGACUUCUCGCUUACUGAUGUCGAUACGUCUCGCCUCCACGUUCUGGUCCUGGAUGUGACAGAACCCGAGGACGACGUUCGUCGCAAGCUGGACGACGCAUGGAACGUCUGGGGGCGUAUCGACGUGCUCGUGAACAACGCGGGAUACGUUUCGCAGUGCUUGGUCGAGGAAGGAGGAUUAUCUGCGGCCACGGCACAGUUCAAUGUGAACUUUUUUGGCGUGCUGAAGGUCACGAAUGCUGUUCUACCGCACAUGCGAUCGCGCAAAUCCGGCUUGAUCGUCUUCAUUGGAAGCAGAGCAGUUUGGCAGGCGGAUAUAUCUACUGCCGCGUUCUACAUCGCGUCCAAGGCUGCUAUACACACAUUCAGCGAGACUCUCGCGUCCGAAGUCGGUCAGUUCGGGAUCCGCGUGCUUCUCGCCGUCCCUGGCAGCUUCCGCACGUCCCAGGACAAGCAGACAUACACCCAGAACACCCAUGUCGUGGAGUACGACGGGUUCCGCGAGCAAAUCUUGACGUCCAUGGAGGAAUACUGGAGACACGGGGCUAAAGGCGACCCAAAGAAGGCCAUGGAGGCUCUGAUGGACGUCGUGCGGAGCGAGGGGAACGCGGAGGGCCGGGAGGUCCCGCCUCUGCUUCCCCUGGGGAGUGCGACCUAUACGCAGGCAAAACUACACUGCGAGAGGCUCUCGGACAACGUGUCAAAGUGGGAAGCCAUUGGCAAGGACCUGGACUGCGAUUGAGCAAGCUCGAAUACUAAAGCAGUCUCGGCAUAGACGAUGGCACGACUUUCACCUGACUGCGUUUGCCGACUUGAAGGUACUCCAGUGUAUACUCUACUGUUAUUGGACCUUUCAAGGCGAUGAAGUGGGUUGUGGCCGUUCCUCGACGAAUCUGAUACGCCGUUGAAGUUGUGCAAUUGCUAACAUAGUAGAAAGUGCCUUCAAGAGCAAAUGCACGAGCAAAA